UGAUCUUGUUAAAUGCUUUCACACCUCUCGUUGGGAUUUUCGAUACAUUUGAGCCCUUUGCAAGCUGGAAAAUUUUGAUCUUCUUCGUGCGGCGCUCAGCUAUGAAAAAAAUUAUAUAUUCGAACGUUUGAAUUAGCGACAAUUUAAUUUAAUUUAUUCAAUCAUAUAAUAUAAAUAAAAUUUGACCGUAUUGAAAGAAAAUUUUAUAAAUAAACCUCCUUCUCCUGCUACGGGAAUUAUGUGAAGUAUAUCGUAGACUUCAUUAUCUGAAGCAGCAUACAACACAGACUUGACAGGGCAGCUAACAAAUUUGAAGACAGCAUGUAUCAGCAUAUGAGGGCAUGGAUACUUUCAUGCUUCUUGUGGAUAGCAACAGUGCAUGCCCAAAUAACAACAGAGACUUCUUUAGAUCUAAGCGCUGGAAAAAUCAAGUCUGCAGUCUUCAAGUCCCCAGCAUUUAUUUUGGGACCUGGAGAAGUCCAAGAUAAAUGGUAUUAUGGUAUUGAUUUUCCCAAAGGCCAUAUUGCACUCAAGGGUUUUGAUGCAGAGGUUGUAAAUGAAGAUGGUAACUCGGUCCCUUUGUCUGAGACUUAUCUGCAUCAUUGGGUAGUUAACAGGUUUUACCACAAGACACCUAUAACAGAAGAACAGAGAAAGCCAAAAAAUGAGAUACUUACCAGUUCAGACUAUAUCUCAGCAGGAAAUGAUGGUAUUUGCCAAGCUAACGUUCUUAGCCAAUACUUUGGGCUUGGAUCUGAAACACGUCAUACCAGUACAUUCAUUCCUGAUCCAUAUGGAAUUAUAGUUGGAGAUCCUAAUGAAAUACCUGAAGGAUAUGAAGAGUCAUGGUUGUUGAAUGUGCAUGCUAUUGAUACAAGGGGUGUUGUAAACUCCCUUGGUUGCACAGAAUGCAAAUGUGAUCUCUACAAUGUUACAGAAGAUAGUUAUCAUCGUCCACUUAGAAAAGAUUACAUAGGAGGCUUAAGGUGUUGCUAUGAUGGGACCCAGUGUCAACUGAAAGAAGGGGUUCAAGGAGAGAAAAUAAAACUUUACUUGAAAUACACUAUACAUUGGAUGGAUUGGGAGGAAACUAUUGUUCCCGUUAAAACAUAUAUCCUUGAUGCUACAGAUACCGGAGAACGGUCUGUUGAUCAAUCAAGCUCUCAUGACUAUGUUGGUUGCCAUGUUGAAUAUGAUAUUCCACAAUGUAGUGAAGGUAUUCAUUCCCCUGGUGAUUGCAUUGACAUUCGUGAAGCACAUAUGGUCAUACCACAAGGUGGCGAUGUAAUUUAUGCUGUCGCACACCAACAUACUGGAGGGGCUGGCAUAACACUUUAUGGCCAGGAUGGUCGGGAGAUUUGCACAUCGUUGCCAAUUUAUGGUGAAGGAAGAGAGCCUGGUAAUGAAACUGGUUAUAUUGUUGGAAUGGGCUCAUGUUAUCCAGAGCCUGGGAGCGUACAGAUACAUGGCGGGGAGACUCUAAAAUUACAAUCCAAAUAUAGCAAAGAACGCAGUCACACAGGUGUUAUGGGUCUUUUCUAUCUUCUCAUAGCAGAUCCCAUGGAAAACAGGGCUCUCUAUUCUCAUCAACCAGAACAAGCAAGCUCGCUUCAUGUAAACAGAUUUCUUCCAAUUGGCCUUCUGAUUGCCUUUGCCCUCCUCGCUGGGUUGGGCUUAGCGGCUUAUUCUAUCAAGAAAAGGAGAGAAGAUGGUUACGAGUAUAUUAUUGCAUGAAAUGGGGCAAAUAAAGUAUCAACUUAAAUGUUCUACCAGGGAUGCUGCUUAUUUUCUAAUGGCUGAUGUAAAAAUUGGAUUUUUAUUAUUAGUUUGAAAGCUACUCUGUUCAUAGUACCAUAUACUCUAGUUUCUCUCGUCUCUAUUCCCACUUGAAGUACUGAUAUUUAUACGCUCGUAGCAAUACAAUAUUUAUAUAUUAUAUAAUGUUCUGUA